AUGUGGACCCUUCCUCAACUGCUCCUGCUCUUGCUGUUCCAGGAAGCCAAAGGAGGUUUUGGAGAUGGUAUGGAUCCCAAGGAAAUGAUUGCAGUCUUUCAGGAGUUCAUCAGUCUGCCCCUGGAAAUGCAAUUUGGUGAAGAGGUAGAGAACAUCAUCUGGUCCUCCCACAUAAGGCUUGCUACUGUGGUGCCAGGGAAACAUUCAGCUACCACUGUGGUGAUCAGCCCUUGAUACCAGGGUUGAGUAAGCUUUCUGAAUCCCAGCUACUCUCUGCACAUCAACAACCUGAGUUUGAAGGACUUGGGGCCUUACCAAGAUCGAGUCAACCUGAGGACAUCUCAGAUCUCUACCAUGCAGCAUUACAAUCUAUGUAUAUACCAUGAAUUUAAAUGGCUCUCACAGCCUCACAUCACUGUGAACUUUGAGAUCUCUGGCAAAGGUCCCUGAAAUAUGUCCCUGAUAUGCUCUGUUGAGAAAGCAGGCCUGGAUGUGACCUACAGCUGGAUAUCCUUGGAGGAUGGCCAGGACACAGCUCAUGAAGGCUCUGUCCUCCAAACAUCCUGGAGCCCUGAGGACAAUAUCUUCUCCUAUACUUGUAGGGCUCAACACCAGUUCAGCAACACCAUCAGCAACACCAGUACCCAUCUCACCCCCGCUGGAUCCUUCUGUGCAGGUACCACAGAAGGUAGAGUAGAGAGCUGAUGCAGGGACUCAAAGCCAUUACCUCCCUCUCUAAGUUCUUGCCAAGAGAAUACAUAGAAUCUAAAACCUAACUCUCUCCCAUAGAGACUUGAUGUCUGGAUUGGGGAGGGAGCCCUCC